UAUGAUCUACAAUAUUAACAAUUAAAUAACUAAAUAUUUUUCCUUCUCGAACUAAUGCAGUAGACAUAUACAACAUCAGACUCAGUUAAAGCGAAAGCUAGUCUAUAGACACGCAUGAUUAUCUACUACAGAAGCAUCAAUGCUACGACGAACUUAACACUGGCACGCGAAUCAGUUCUAAUACUGGGAUUAACACCAUCACUGACAAUGGUAUGUCUACACUGGCUUUAGGACCCCUACCCUGGCGUCCUGUGACAAAUAAAACAAUAGACGUAAUCUAAAAAUAUGAAGCGAAUCGGACCAAAUAGAAAUGACGAUUUAAACAAUACUCUCCACACAACAAAGCAAUCCUACCCAGAGAAAAGAACACAGACAUUGAGACAUCUGCCCAGUAGCUUAUAAGUCAAAGAAGAUUGAAAGAUCAACUAGAACAGCCUCAUGUUUUAUUUCAGAUAAGCAAGGAAAAAUGACGUUAAAAAUGUAAUGCGCAUACAAAAAAAUGUGUACUAGAAGGUGUACUAGAAUGUGUAAAGACGACUACUCACCAUUUCUGAUCAAAAAGCUUAAUGAAGUUACUUGAUGAAGCAAUGGAUGUAACUGACGUGAUUCGAGCAUGAAAGUAUAUGAAACACUAAACAGGACAAAAUGAACCCUGUCAAGAUGAUUCUACCAUUCAUCCUUGGUAUGCUGAUUGCUUCAUCAAAUGAAUUAGCAGCUGUUUUCGAAGUGAACUUUGGUUCACAAUCAGCCGUGUAUGUCCUAGAGGAGAGUGUCAUUGUGCAGUUCCAUACCUGCCUAUGCACGUCUAUCAGCCAGGAGUGUAAAUAUACGAAGGAUGGGACCAGUGUUGAAAGUCGACAAAUGUUGAAUACCUCGCUACUGCAAUACUCAAAUUCCUUCUUUUGCUAUUUUAAAUUACAAUCAGAACUCUCAUGUGAGAGACUGAAGAAUUAUUUCCUAACUAAGGAAUGUUCAUCUUUAAAGGAGACACCGUGUACUGUAACAGCACUUUCUGCUUAUGGCAGCUCGUGCCCAAAAAAUAUGGCCCAGUUAAAGUUCAGUGGCCCUUUAAACUUUAGGAUUCCAGUCUUUACAGCAGAGCUGUUAACAUUAUUUCGAUGUGAACGAUUAUGCACAAAUAAUGAAACUUUACAAGAAUCGACAACUAGUACUACUAGUAUUUCCACUGUCAUUAGAUCUGCCACAGCUAAUGAGGCUACAUACCAAGAAAUCGUGGUUGCAAUAUAUGUCUGCACAACACUUAUCGUAGUUGGUCUGUUGUUGACAAUAGAGACGAGACGGCGAUCUCUAAAGACAACAUUCCUGAAAAAGACACAGCCCAAAAUGCUAGUUUCUCUGACACCAAUCAGAAUAACCAGAAUAACAAGGACCAAAAUAACAGCAUUGACGUCGACAAAAUCAACGAAACGUUUGUAAAAGUCUUUGCGGAAUCAGACACAUCUCUGCAAAAAACGACAACAGCAUAAUUUUUUUUUUAAAUGACGCAACCAUCACACUCUUUGUUUAAGUAUAUGUUCAGUUUGUACGGGCGCCUCUACCCAAAGUACCUCCAUUCCAGUAAGAUUAUUUUAUUAAUUGGGAGAAGAUUUGAUCUAGGAAAAAAUUAAAAAAAAGAGGUUUUGUAUUUUAUACAGCAGUUAUGAGCAGUAUAAAGUUGACAUCUUUUUUUUAGCCAUUGCCUAUAUAAUUAAUAGAACAUUUUCUGUGUAAUAAUAAUAAUAAUAAUAAUAAUAAUUAUUAUUAUUAUUGUUAAUUACGAAGAAUGCCUAUUAUGUCAGAUGGGCAUAAUGAUCAUCUUUUGUUCAAAAAAUUAUUUCCAUUUUACCUUAUUGGGCAUUCAGCUGAAAACAAAAUCCCUAAAUAGAUUUAUUCAGCUUGGACUUGAAUUUGACCAUGACAUCGCACUUCUCUUUCAUAAAAUAGCCUAUAUAUGCCAUUUUAAGUCUAAAAUUUGCAAUUGUUAACGUACCAAAGAAAACUCAAGAUUGUGUCUUUAAAAAUACCAAGAAAUAACAACACUUCCGUGUUUUCACAUCAAAGCUAUUUACUUUUAAUUUUGAAUUUGUGUCAAGUUAAUACUUUUGUGGUUGUUCAGUCUUCUUUUUAAUUGUUAACUAUUGUUUAGUUAUGAAUUGUCUUACCAUUACUUUCCUUUUUUUUUAAACUGUUUUCUUUAAAUCCUUUUUCUAUGCCUUUUGAUAUGUAACAGAACAUCUAUGUCGUUGGCUUUGUUGUUUUCAACAAAUGUUUUGCAUUUUAAAAAUUAUUCUUCAUCUAGUAAACUUGUUUUAAAUGUUUAUUAUUAUAUAUAUAGAUAAGGGAUGUCACCCGAAGCGGACCACUCACUCCUAGUGACUUCACCGCCGCUGUUUAUGUCAUCUGAUGCUUAUCACUUUAUAUCGUUCAUCGUCUUGCUAACUGGUCUUCGCCACUGUUGCUAACAUUUAUCCAGUCCCUCUACACUUAGGUUGUCACAGCCGACUAGGACUGCUAUCUACCGACGCGAUCUGUCACUCUAAAGAGACAAAUAACCAAAAUAUCGUUAUUAUAAAAAAAAUCUAUGCUAAAAACAUCUAUGCUAAAAAAAUCUAUGCUAAAAAAAUCUAUGCUAAAAAAAUCUUUAAAAAUCUAUGCUAAAAAAAUCUAUGCUAAAAAAAUCUAAAAAAAUCUAUGCUAAAAAAAAUCUAUACAAACUAAAACUAAUCACGACUAAACCUUAGCAUUGUCAAAAAAAACUUAAUAUCUAAGCUUGAUAAGCAACGCAAUAGCUCAAAAUCGAUAUCCACGAUAUACCUACUAAUAGAAAUGAUAACUUAGCCUGCUACUCUUCUCUGUCUUCAAGAGGGACAAAAUCAAAACAGGUCACACAAAAAAAUGCGCUUGCCACAGUGGAAAAAAAACAAACACAAGACGUUCUCCCCGCGACUGUUCCAUACCCGUGACUGUUCCAUACCCGUGACUGUUCCAUACCUGAGAUUCUUACCACAAGGACACACCAGGUAAACACAAACACAAGACGCUCUCCCCGUGACUGUUCCAUACCAGAGAUUCUUACCACAAGGACACACCAGGUAAACACAAACAAACAAACAAACAAAAAACGCUUGACCUCAAGUAACCGUUAACAUAAAAAAAAUGACAACCCCAAGCCUCGAUCAACCUCACAACAAUACAGGGUGAGGUAGACACGACAAGACCCAGCGCCUCUGUCUCUCAGACCCCCUCUCCCGCCUUUUCAAACGCAACAAAACGCCAAAAUAAAAACAAAACAAAACACAAAGCCUCAACCCGCUAAGGGACAAAAUUACCGGGUGGCUAUGAUAUUAUGAAACUAGAAAUAAUUUUAAAGAUUUUAUCAACUUCUUGAUGUCCAUGAUUAUUAAAAGUCUCAAGAUUUCAUGGAUUAUUGAACUCAAUAUCAAAUGAUAACAUUGUUUUAGUAUGUUUCAUUACUUGUUCAAUAUCUCAACUUUUCACUAUU